UUGCUCAUCCUUUUGGUGUUCGUCUGUCAGACCGCGGUCAUCAUCUGGACGUCGUUGUUUCAGAAAAAUCGCGUUUUGAUACGCGUUUCUGUUCUUCUCUACCUGUGGUGCGUGUGUUUUAGGUUGCGAGUGUGCAUUUAGCGUGUGAUUUUCCAACAAAUAGGCCGAUUUCCCGGAAGCAGUUUUUAGAAUCCGUAAUUUUCCAAUCGGCUGGAAAUUUUGGUGUCGGUCAAGUGAAAGGGAAAAUCAGUGUGUGUUUGCCAGGAGAGUGAGAAGUAAAACACGAGGCGACGGUACAGCGACGAAGACGGGAUCAAAAUUCGAUCGUCCUUUAGGGAAAGAAAAUUGCAAAAAUCUUUAGGCUUGCGAUAUAGAAAGCUUCGUUGUGCAAUUUUGUUCGCGGGUUUUGCAACGAGUCAAUUCACUAGACCCAGUAGUCUGGACAUUCCCAUAUCGUAACUUUCUGCUGUACGUUCUGAGGAAAGAGGAAGAAGAUCGAUUGUUGGACAGGAAGGACGUUCCAACUAAAUCUAGUGAUAACGGCUAAAAGGAUCAACAUCUUGUCUAGCGCUCAAGUAAGCGAUAAACGGAUUGUAAAAAUAAAAUUGGUCCUGAUAUACAUGAUUAAAACCCUCACUAAAACGUGCUGUCAAAUUUCGCCAAGGAUACGCUACAUGGAACAACCGCUUUGACCGGCACGUACACGAAACUUAGCUCAUCGUUAGUAAAAUCAACCACCACCCGAAAACAUACACGACUUUGGAUUCGAUUCAAAAGUAGAGAAAGUAGCGGUUCAGUUUUUGUUUGAUUGUUUCGUUAAACUAGAACGACUUCAAACCGGUUCGAGUAAAAGCCACGAGAGUCAUCAGGUCCUUCCAAAAAUCCUCUCAUUCGUGGAGUUUUAACGCUCACAUUUGACUGACCUCCAUAGCAGUGUAAUUGUUCCUAGCCUUCACAGGUUGUACCCUUCAACCUCUCCCCGUUCAAAUUAAACCACCUGGGAGUUCUUCCAGGUCUGCGUUUUUGCUCACUACAAGGCACCCCCUUGAUUUGGAAUUCCUUUUCUGUCGCGAAGUUUUGUUCUGAAAGGGAAAGCGAACGCUGACCAACUCAAUUCUUCAAAAAACCUAAACCCCCCAAAACGAUGGCUGUUUAUACAAAACUAUGCUUACCUGAUAUUGUCAAAUUAAAACGCUAGUUAGUAAAACCUUUGUCCACCCGAAGAGGUCAUCAAUCGAAUUUACUAAUUUUAACGUUUUUAAGGUACAAUAUCAGUUAAUUAUCAUCGGUUUGUAAUAGUAGUUAAGUCUUUUUUUGCAAAGCCACUUUUUUAUUUAAUUACUAUAGAAAGUACACUCAUACAUUUAAUAUAAAUAAUUAAUAAUUUUAAUAUUAUAAUUUUAACGAGUACUAUUCACUAGCGUAGUGCUUUUUAUGAGUACUUCAGUUUGCAGAAAAAAAAACACGAUUUCUAUACAUUUUUGCGAGUGCACUAUUUUGUACCCGUCGUUGGUAGAACUAUAGUUGGAACCUCAGGAGAAUAAGAAAGUUGGUAUCGCUCUAAAACCCACUGGGUAUUAUUUGAUAGCAAGCUACUUAAUAUACACACUUUUGUAUCUCAUAUACCCUAUCGCGUGUUCGGAAAUUUUGUGAAAAAACCGAAUAUUUUCACAUCAACGUAUCUCGUUAAGACUCCACUUAUUCCCCGAUUCCCACGAAAAUCUCUCAAUUUUAAACCUACGACGAGCAAAAGCAUAACAAAACCCUCAUCAUGGAACCAUUCUCACCGGAAAUAUUGUGGCUGGUGAUCCUCGGCUUUGUGAUUGCCUUUAUUUUGGCAUUUGGAAUCGGUGCGAACGAUGUGGCCAAUUCGUUCGGAACGAGUGUCGGAUCCGGUGUCUUGACGAUCCGGCAGGCCUGCUGGUUGGCCACUAUUUGCGAAAUCACCGGAGCUGUGCUGAUAGGUUACAAGGUGUCCGAUACGAUGCGGAAAGGAAUCUUGGACGUGGAAAUGUACAAAGACACCGAGACUGAGCUCAUGCUGGGUUGCCUUUCAGCGCUGGCCAGCUCCGCUCUGUGGCUCCUGGUGGCAACCUUUUUCAAGCUGCCCAUCUCCGGUACACACAGCAUCGUUGGUUCAACGAUUGGCUUCAGUUUGGUUGCCCGCGGUAUGCACGGACUCAAGUGGAACACACUUGGCACAAUUGUAGGAUCAUGGUUCAUUUCCCCGGUACUCAGCGGAUUAAUGAGUGUGUUGCUGUUCUGGGUGAUACGUAAAUUCAUUCUGCGCUCGAAAAAUCCCCUGGAAAGAGGACUGUUCGCGCUUCCCCUGUUUUACGGAGUAACACUUGCCGUUAACGUGUUUAGUAUCGUACAUGAUGGUCCAAAACUUCUGUACAUGGAUAACAUCCCUACUUGGUUGGCCCUCGUCGUUUCCUUAGCCAUAGGAUUGAUUGUAGGCAUUUUAGUUCAGUUGUUUGUUGUGCCCUGGCAGAGGAAAAAGAUCGUGAAUCAGGAGAACAAAAAAAGAACGGAAUUUACCGUUGGUGAUUCAGAUUGUGAUUCUUCCUCGAAUGGUAGUCCCCGUCGUCCGAAGCGUCCUCUGUCGUUGGUCGGCGAUGCCAAGGGACUUCCAGCCAUCACCGAAACAACUGAACUUGUGUCGUUUUCACCGCAACACCAGCACAAUAAUUUAAUCAAGAAACUGUCUAUCGACCUAUCGCCGAGUGUCAUCAAGGGGACCAGCCCGAAUCCGUACAAGAUCGAUCCUAAGAUUGUGCAGAAAGCCGAAAAUCUUCUAGCUGCUAACAAAGCUAGUCUGGACAAUACCGACCUUACAAUCACGAGCCUGAAUUACAUCGACGAGUAUCAGUCGACGAUGAAUGGAACCGGCCGAGUUGCACUGAAUUCAUAUUUCGAUCGCCGGAACAGUAGUAACCUUUCUCCCAAAUCGCAAAAUUCUAUUACAUUAAGUAAUGGUGUAAAAGACCAAUCGACAAUCGUCCAAAACGGAAAGUCCCCUAGUAGUCCGAAAAGCGAUAGCACCCUUCCAAUCGCUGAUUACACCCUGGCACCGCCCAACAUUAUCCUCAAUAGUACCGGCAACGAUCUAAAAAGGGACAUAGGGAAAAUCGAAAACGCCGCUGGUCUGGAUCACACCCUGAUAAGCACCACCCUUUCGCCAAACUCAAGUAAAGUUCCACUGAUUAGUGGAAAGGAGGGCUCCGAGGAAAGCCAACAUCCCCCACCGGAGGAAACCGAAGACGUUUCGGCGUUGUUCUCGUUCCUGCAAAUCCUGACAGCAACGUUCGGAAGCUUUGCUCAUGGUGGUAACGAUGUGAGCAAUGCGAUUGGGCCCUUGAUUGCUCUCUUCAUGAUCUACCGAGAAGGCUCGGUGCUACAAAAGUCUGAAACUCCUUUAGCGAUUUUACUGUACGGUGGAAUCGGCAUAUCCGUCGGUUUGUGGCUGUGGGGACGUCGUGUUAUCGAGACGAUUGGCAAUGAUCUCACAAAAAUUACACCAUCAACUGGUUUCACCAUUGAGAUCGGUGCAGCCUUCACGGUACUACUGGCGUCCAAAAUCGGUCUGCCCAUUUCCACCACCCACUGCAAGGUCGGCUCGGUGGUGUUCGUUGGACAGGCCAGCGCACCAAAGAAGCUCUCGCCAGACGAGGAACGAGCAAUGAAGCUGCGCAAUCCGCACGAACAUCACCACUACGCCACGGGACAGCAAAAGGCCGUCGACUGGGGCUUGUUCCGGAAUAUUGUGUACGCUUGGGUGGUCACCGUCCCGGUGGCCGCACUGCUCAGUGCCGGGUUCAUGUACGCCCUGUGCGCUAUUGUGCUGUGAAAUAACAACAACGAGGAUGCAUAGAGGAAGCGGUGGAAGACGGAAGACGUCGUCUGGUGAUGGAAACUGCUGCUUAUUUUAAGUUGUUAUAUUAGUUGGAUAUAAAUGUGUCGAAUCCUUCUAUGGAUUUUGAUUCACGUCAAAAGUUUUAAAAGCGCUUUUUGUGAAAAGUUUAAUUUAUACAUUUGUUUUAAAGAAAAACGUAUAACAGUCUGAAGAUAUUAAUGAUUUUGUAAGUCUUGUUUAGACGAAAAGUAGACUUAAAGGAAAACUUGUUAUUUUUACCAUGGCUUCCUAAUAUGGAACACAGAAAGAGCUUUUAGUUGUACUUCAUUUUGAUGGAGCUUAUGCAAAUAAAAGUAGUUUAUCUCGAUGAUUAAGUAUAAUAGCUGGGAGUAAUUACUAUGAUAAAUACAAUAAUUAAUUUUAAGUGUACAUCUCAAUAAAACAAGUGAUAACCCACAAAUUUAAAACAAAGAAAAAUAAUAAAAAAUCGCUGUUGAAAAACCAAAAACAAUCAAAUGAACUGCACUUGUUUCGACUCAAUCAGUAAGCAAACAUAAAACACUGUCAAUUUUAUGCUACCAUCAAUACUAAUGCUCGCUUAUUUGCUUAAAAUCAUCGGGACGACAACCAUACGCAUAUUCUGGGGCUCUUUAACCUUCCUUAUAUGUUUGUCAGAACAUUACAACACUAACUUUUUUGAAAGUUUUUUUUGCUGUUUACUUUUGCUAAAGCAACCAUGGCGAUCUAGACUUACUUCACAGUCCAAGCACCGGCUAGACCUAAUGUCAUCUGAUAAAAUGUGGUGUUAAAUUGAUGUCCCGCCUUAAUCGCCGAUUUGCCUUGGCUUUCGGCGUGGGUGGUAGUGAUAUUGCAAGAAAAAAACGUUAUUAAAUGUGUUGUUUAAUUGAAUGUUGUCCGUAGGGCUCCCACGCUUCAAGCGAUAGACACUUCCUAUAACGGUAAUCCUUAUAGGAAUCGAUAUAUGUUUAGAAAAGAUGUACCAGCAUAGAUAGAAUGCGCAUUAGAAUGCCAAUGCACACACGGCUCUCCGUUUAAAUUUUGUUUUCCGAUUCGUAUUAUCGAAUUAUGCAUCCUACAAGUUGUUGGGGCUCAAAGCUGUGCAUCCCGUAAGGUCACAUCCGUUUGUUUCCUCCCACGUAAUAGUAACCAAGCGAAUUUCUUUUUAUUUAAAUUUGAUUUUUCUCAUUUUUCUUCUCAAUGAUAGCUGCUUACAAGAGCGAUAAUAGGUUCCAUAAAUAGUUUAGCAUGUAGAUUAUCUCGUGACAAAAUGCUCGAAAAAUUGCUUGGACCGAAAAGAAACGUGUAGAACACUGAAUGACCACGAACAUCUGGUAGUCGAGCAGGAAACGUAAAAUUUAUAUUAGAAUUAUUAAUUACUUAUAUUAAGGGUGAUACUUACAAUUAAAUAAAAAAGAGGACAAGUGGAAAAAGAUAAAACAAACUAAAAAGCAAAAAAGAACUUAGCUAAGGUGAAAUUUUCCAUGGAACCCGAUAAAUGUUGCUCUCCAUGUAAAGAGUGCGCUCAGCGUGAAACCUUCUGUAAUACGAAGCCACGUUGCAACGCUCUUACAUCUCAUUCAAUUGAGUUAAGCGCUGACAAAAGAGAAAUAACUAUAGUAUGUGGAAUAUGUGGAAAUUUUGUUAACUUACGCUGAGGAAAAAAAUGUCGUCUUUCAUCUUUGGAAAUAAACUAAGCUGAAUGAAAUCCGAUUCGACUCAUACAAAUAUUAAAAUGAUGUAACGCAACGAAAUACUUAACGGCAGAGGUUGUACUUAACCGAAGCGAUGAAAAUGCCGAGUCGUUGAAAAUGUAUCAAAACGCUGUUCUCGUUUAAAGAAAUCUAAUGCAACUGAAUUAACUGUAAUUUGUCACCAAAACAUGGAGAUUAUCCGGCCAUCAACUUAAAACAGUUUAAUUUCAAAAAAUGAAAGAUGUAACCAAAAAAAUCCCAUAAAACUGUAAGGCAUAAUAGAAAGUAAUAAAUCUUUCGUCCUGACACGAUGUGCAAA